UGCGACGUAGAUGAAGUUCAGCUCAGUCUAAAAUUGUACAGUUCUAUUAUACUAUAUAGACCAUCUAUAUCAUCUCCGACACUUGGCGCGCCUAGACAAAGACUUGAGCAAAUUAUGAUGCACCUACGUAAAUUGUUAGCAAGCGUGUCAAAUCAUCGAGCUGCGACAAGCAUCACGCGCGGAUUCCAGACGUCAACAAUGUCGAUGGCGGGACAGAAAACCAGAUUAAGUCGUGGACAAGGUCGCAGUGGAAAUGAUUACGGGCCCUUGACCGAUUCACCAGACUGGUCCUAUGUCGAAAAUGGCGAACCUGCUCCAAUUACCAAAGCACAGCAACGCAGACGGCUCAAAGCCAACUUGCAUGUUCAUAGGAUCGAUUCUUUGCUUGCAGAAAUAACGUCAGCUAGGAAAUAAAGGUUCAAGGAAUCGUAAAAUAGUUGACAUACUCAGUCGGUGCACACUCGUAAAAAGAUGCGCGCUACAAUAUUAUCUAUGGCAAUAACGGG